AGGGGCCAGAACGCGGGCAGCGCUGCGCGUGCGCGCUGAAGACCUCCAGCCGCUCUUCGCCCUGUGCUCCGUACUCGCCAGCGGAACCUUUGAGCAGAAUUCUCCCGGCAGCGGGGGAAGGGCACCGGAAGGGACCUGCUGGGAGGAAGGAAAGGAAGGGAAGGGACGACGAACCAUGGCAGCUAUAGUUGCUGUCUGUAGGGUCCUGGGGAGGAAGAAGUUGACGCUGGGGACGGCAGCCGUCGGCCUCCCAGAUCCCGCAGCUCACGCCGUGCUGUGGAGAAGAGGUUGUUCACAACUAACCAGCAAUGAGGACCUGCUUUUGUCCCAGUUUGUUUCUCCAUUUACUGGAUGCAUUUAUGGAAGGCACAUAACAGGCCUUUGUGGGAAGAAACAGAAAGAAAUCACAAAAGCAAUUAAGAGAGCUCAAAUAAUGGGGUUUAUGCCGGUUACAUAUAAGGAUCCUGUCUAUCUUAAAGACCCUAAAGUAUGUAACAUAAAGUAUCGGGAAUAAGCUGUGUAAGGUUCCCACCAAUAAACUUCUUUUAUAGUAAGUGGUUGUAUGAGGCCAGUAUUGACUAAAACUAAUCCGCGGGUAGAAGGGUUUCAGGAGAUCGGGAGUGAAGCUAAUCUUCCACUGUCAGUGUUCAUUUUAACAGAUAGCUUAUUUAAAAUGUUGACGUUUAUAAUGCUGUAUAUACCUUGAAUAAAACGGUAUUAUGUGACUGUUACUUAUAUCUGGUCCUCAAUAGAUCAUAUAACAUUCCAGAUAUUUCAGGAGUAAGCACCUGGGAAUCCUAAUACAAGAAUUCUACAUUAGGCCCAGAUUCUGACUUAGAAAUGGGGAUGAUUUUUGUGUAAUGUCUGAAUCCCAUGUGACUAGGUAUAGCACUGACUUUACCCAGGCUAAUUUUUUUUUAACUAAACAUGCCUGGUCACAGAAUAGAUCUUGCCUCAGAGAAAUAAAUUAGGAUCAAGGACAGAACAUUCCUGAGUGAAAUCUUCAAACUGGUAGUGUCCUUGAUAAACUAAAAUGGCUUGUAAAUAGCUGUUAUCAACUCGCUCAUGAUACAAUUGGAUUCAGACAACUCUGCUUUCCCUCCUCCUACUUACACACAGCCCCAAGAGUACCAAUUUAUGAUUUGCAUAAACCAUUACUGGUAAUGUGUACCUUCAUAAACACCCCAGCACAGUAUUUAAUACAUGCUGAUAGAAGAUCAAAAUAUUUGUUACUAGUUCAAAUGUUCUUUACCAAAUAGUUGCUAUAGGCAGUAACAGAUAAGCAAUGGUCAGAUGUGUUCAGCAUUUCAUCCAGUGAAUGCAGUGUAGAGAAGGCUGCACAUGGUAUAUGUAGACAUAUACACAUACACAUAGGGGAAAAGCUCUCAGCUAACCUGCACUUAACCAACUCCCCCUAAAAAUCAUGAAGGCGAGGACCUCUACUUGUGCUCUGUAUUACCAAGGCUUGCCGUUUGGAUACUUGUUUUGGAAAAGUUUGAUGAAGGUAAUGAACUUUGAAUGAAAAGGAAAAACUCUUAAUUACAAAUAAGUAGGGGAAUAAGGGUGCUCCCGCCCAGCUUCAUUUUGUGUUUAAGGAACUUUGCCAGGAUCUGCAGUUCUGCAAGUUAGAGGAGUUCAGUAAUGAGCAUGGUCACUGCAUUCCAUACAGAGAACUUCCUGGUCCUGGACUGACUGAUUAGCAAAGUAAUGUGCUUUUCUAUUUCCAUGUCAGACUGAAACCUUUAAUAUUUGCAUGUCUAUAUGUAUGCACACAGAUUUUAUUCCUGAAUCCCACUGGUGACUGGCCUUAUCUGAGCAAUAUGUUAACCCUAGACUCACUGGAUUAUUAGGCUUGUGCUAUACUUCACUUGGAUUCACUCACAAUUUGGGGGUAAGGACACUAGAGCUUUCACUGCAUUACAACUGUACCAUAAGUAGGGCCACCAGACUUAGCAAUAUGCCCAAUUAAUUUGAAUUUCAGAUAAACAAGUUUUAAUACAAUAAUGUUCCAAAUAUUGCAUGAUGCCCCAUGUAUUUUCUGGCCAUAAUGUGCUUUUUAUGAAUACUUAAGGAAUAGGAAUUAUAAUUACUAAGCUAAAAAUAAAUUUUUCAUAUGUACUUGACUUUCUUCAUGCUAUGGAAAUAGGCUAGUCUAUUUUCUAAUUUGAAAUAUUGUCACAUUUAAAAGAAUGCAUCAGCAAUUUAAGUAAAUAGUGAAUAAAAAUUUUGGUUUUAAAA